AUGGCCCUGAUCAGUGCACCUGUUGAUACGUUAAGUCAAGAGGAAUGGGAGCUGGUGAAAGACGUCUGCACCGUCCUGCAACCAUUUGAGGAAGUGACCGUUGAGAUAAGUACAGACAGUGAAAGAGACCGAGACCUGCAGCUUGUCAGAGAUUACAAGCCUCACAAAGAUGUCCAGCAUCUCAGAAUUCUGCUUUAUGGACCACCAGGUGCUGGAAAGUCCAGCUUCAUCAACUCUGUCGACAGUGUUUUAAGAGGCAAAAUCGCAACUCGAGCUUUGGCAGCAGCAACCUCUGGUGACAGCUUCACCAUUGCAUUCAGGACAUAUAAAAUUCAGAAAGGAGAGCCAGGAACGUUUUACCCUUUUGUCUUCAAUGACACCAUGGGCCUUCAGUCCAGUGACAAAGGAAUUCAUGUGGAAGACAUCAAACUUGCCAUUAGAGGACAUGUAAACGAAGAUUACAGGUUCAAUCCCACAUCUCCGUUGCCUGAAACAAAUUCCAGCUACAACAGUUUUCCUACUUUAGAUGACAAAGUCCACAUUCUGGUUUUAGUUAUUCCUGCUGACACAGUGAGCAUAAUGAAUGAUGAAAGUGUCAGGAAGAUGAAAGAUGUCAGAUCAGCAGCUCGUGACAAAGGGAUCCCACAAAUAGCUAUCAUGACUAAAAUUGAUGAAGCCUGUCCUGAAGUCAAAAAAGACAUAAAGAACGCCUACAGGAGCAAACACUUGAAUCAGCUGAUGGAAACAGUGAACAUGAACCUGGGUAUUCCACUGAACUGCAUCUUCCUCGUGAAGAACUACCACACAGAGAUUGAGACGGAGAACGAUGUGGAUUCACUUAUACUGAGUGUCCUGAAAAAGAUCAUUGACUAUGGAGAGGACUACCUGAAUGACCAGGAUGAUCCUGACCUAUAAUCAGUG